GUGAUUCGGGACUCAAGCCGCCUGAUCACUUUCCUUGACUUGGCUGGUCAUAGCAAGUAUCAGCGAACCACCCUUUCCGGCCUCACCACUUUCCAGCCAGCCUUUUGCAUCCUUGUUGUGUCCGCCACUACCGGCCUGACUGCUGAUGGCCUUCGCCACGCCCGCACCGCCGUCGCUCUUGGUCUGCCUCUAGUUGUGGUUCUCUCCAAAGUGGAUCUCGCUUCGGAGGAAUUAGUGGCCUUCCCACAGUCUAAUGCCUCCGUUACCGCUUCACGUUUCAUCACCACCAAUACCAACGUCGAUGGUGUUGUGGACCCAUGUUCUGUCCUCGCCAAUAUCCAACAAAGUGUGCUGCAGGAACUCAGGACUAUUAAGUUUUACAUUGAUGAAAGUGGUGAGAAAAGUAGGCUCAAGGUGGCUGAGUAA